AUUAUUUCUGGUUGGUUGCCUUCCAAAUGCAUCCUGCUUGAACAGCAACUUGACUUCAAACCACCCGCUUUCAACAACACCUGAAUGAAUCACUGAACCGGGCCGCCACAGCCCAAAGCGGGUCUGCUCAAAGUGAUGAAGAUCCUAGCACAGCCAUGCCUACCGUGGACGAUGUUUUGGAGCAGGUCGGGGAGUUCGGCUGGUUCCAGAAGCAAGCCUUCCUGCUCCUAUGCCUUCUCUCGGUGGCCUUCGCCCCCAUCUAUGUGGGCAUCGUCUUCCUGGGGUUCACCCCGGACCACCGCUGCCUGAGCCCCGGGGUGGCCGAGCUGAGCCAGCGGUGUGGUUGGAGUCUGGGAGAGGAGCUGAACUACACGGUGCCCGGCCACGGGGACGCGGGUGGAGCCUUCGCCCGCCAGUGCAGGAGGUACGAGGUGGACUGGAACCAGAGCGCGCUGGGCUGCGUCGACCCGCUGGCCAGACUGGAGGUCAACAGGAGCCUCCUGCCGCUCGCCCCCUGUCAGCAUGGCUGGGUGUACGACUCGCCCGGCUCCUCCAUCGUGACCGAGUUUAACCUGGUGUGUGAUGAUUCCUGGAAGGUUGAUCUGUUUCAAUCAUGUGUGAACGUGGGCUUCUUCCUCGGCUCUCUGGGAGUUGGUUACAUUGCAGACAGGUUUGGCCGGAAAUUGUGUCUCUUGAUGACGACCCUCAUCUGCGCGGUCUCAGGAGUGCUCAUGGCGUUUGCCCCAAGCUACGGCUCCAUGCUUUCCUUCCGCCUGCUUCAGGGGCUGGUCAGCAAGGGCAGCUGGACGUCCGGCUACAUCUUGAUCACAGAAUUUGUGGGCUCGGGCUACAGAAGGACAGUGGCGAUUCUCUACCAGAUGGCCUUCACGGUGGGGCUCGUGCUGCUGUCUGGGGUGGCCUAUGCCAUCCCCCACUGGCGGUGGCUGCAGCUGGCCGUGUCCCUGCCCACCUUGCUCUGCCUGCUUUAUUACUGGUGUGUGCCGGAGUCUCCCCGAUGGCUGUUAUCGCAAAAGAAAAACACUCAAGCAGUAAAGAUCAUGGACUACAUCUCCCAAAAGAAUGGGAAAUUGCCUCCUGCCAAUUUAAAGAUGCUCUCUCUUGAAGAGGAUGUCACCGAAAAGUUGAGCCCUUCCUUCGUGGACCUGUUCCGCACACCACGUCUGAGAAGGAACACCUUGAUCUUAAUGUACUUAUGGUUCACGAGCUCAGUGCUUUAUCAAGGUCUCAUCAUGCACGUGGGGGCCACAGGGGAGAACCUCUACUUGGAUUUCCUUUACUCCGCUCUGGUUGAAUUCCCCGCGUCCUUCCUCAUCCUCCUGACCAUCGACCGCAUCGGCCGCCUCUACCCAUUGGCGGUGGCCAACAUGGUGGCGGGGGCAGCAUGCUUCUUCAUGAUUUUUAUCUCCCACGAUCUACACUGGUUGAACAUCCUGGUAGCUUGUAUUGGCCGAAUGGGGAUCACCGUCGUGUUUGAAAUGGUCUGCUUAGUGAGUGCUGAGCUGUACCCUACAUUUAUCAGGAACCUUGGAGUGAUGGUCUCCUCCUCUCUUUGCGAUGUGGGUGGGAUCAUCACGCCCUUCAUCGUCUUCAGGCUGAUGGACGUUUGGCAAGGCUUGCCCCUCGUUUUGUUUGCGGUAUUUGGCCUGGUUGCUGGUGGAAUGACACUGUUUCUUCCUGAGACCAAAGGAAUUGUUUUGCCAGAGACCAUCGAAGAUGCUGAGAACCUGCAGAGGAAAGCAAAGCCCAAAGAAAACACGAUUUAUCUUCAGAUCCAAGCAUCAGAAUCCAUUGGUACCUAAAGAGAAAUACUUCACUGGAGACCAACUGGCAGAGAGAUGGAGGCGGAUUUCUGAAGAAAUUCUUAGAAGCCCUUAUAUCCCCAAACUCUUUCUCAUACCCUCUCAACCCUAAAGACUCGUUUGAGGGGGCUUUGUUUUAGUUUGUUUGCUUUCCUUUAAAUCCUGCAGGACAUUUAAACUAUCUUUUAUCUAUUUAUCCUUUCUAGUGAAAGUGAUUAUCAAGUACUUAAUUAUCUAAGGUAUUUUGAAGACCCAAUAGAAAUUAAAGUUUGCUUAGGAAAGAGGCCUCUGUAACUGGCUUUCUAGAAUAAAUAUUGUUUUAUUCACUAUCUGAAAGAAAACACCAUUGUAUUGUAUAUCUGUGCUGGCAAAAACACUUCAACAUGCAGUGCUUGAUUGUUAAAUAUGGAACUUCACUGGCGAAGUGUAUCCCAGUGAUGUUUACAUACAUAUUCCAUGACAGAAUACAACACGAUCCUUACACAUAGGCUAGCAGCACUAUUACCAUUUUAGGGAAAAAAAAUUCUAGCACAUAUGUUCUAGGAAUAUUUUCUCCAUCUUCACUCUUGGUUCUGGCUCUUGUCAGUGACUCUAGAAGGUGAACUAAUAUGCCAAUUACAAAACAAAACAGUAAAUAUAUCAAAAAGUUCAAUUUAUUACAAGUUAGGUCCUUCUUGAAACCUAUGUAAGGCGAUUUAGUUAUGGAAAACAUGCAAAAUAUUGAUUAAAAAAUUUCUUUAGCUGUUGAGACAAACCACAAAGACUGCAUAAUAGCAAGGCUUCAGAGCACACCAGAAAAAGUUUCUAAUGCUUAUUGGAGACACAGUGAAAUACAUGCGGUUGCAUUAUAAAUACAUUUGGUGUGACCAGCUAAGAAUAAGUAAUGGCCUCAGGCCUCAGAGUCUUAAGAUCAUAGUAUUUGAUACUGAACAACACUUGGCUCUUCUUUUGACAAAGGACAUUGGCUACUUGGAAAUCUGAAUAUUUUCUCUUGGCCACCAAAAAAAAAA